AAAAAAAGGAAAUACAAAAGGAAAGAGGAAGAAAGAGAGAGAGAGAGAGAGAGAGAGGGGAGUUCUUUUCCAGGGAAGGAGAUCUUUGGUUGAAUCUAUUCUUCUCUCGUCUCUCGAAAUCCUCAGGCUUCCAAUUGCUCCAGGAUGAAUGACCUUUUGUCGGGUUCCUUUGUGAAGGAUCAAGGUGAUAGAAAUGGUGAUAUUGAAAUGGGAAUGGAGAGACAAAUGACUUCUGGAGAUCUAGGCUUGGAGAAUUUCUUCAAGCAGGUUGAGGAGAUUGAGAAACAAUAUGAAAAACUCAAUACCCUACAGAGAAAACUUCAGGAUGCUCACGAGGAAUCAAAGGCUGUUACCAAGGCUGCUGCAAUGAAAGCUAUCAAGAAGCGAAUGGAGAAGGAUGUCGAUGAAGUUGGUAAAGUUGCACGUUCUAUUAAAUCAAAACUUGAGGAACUUGACAGAGAGAAUUUAGCCAAUAGACAAAAGCCAGGAUGUGGAAAAGGAUCGGGUGUAGACAGAACAAGAACGUCGACAACAGUGUCUUUCAAGAAGAAGUUCAAAGACAGGAUGUCUGAAUUUCAGACUUUAAGAGAAAAUAUACAUCAAGAGUAUCGUGAAGUUGUGGAGAGGCGUGUAUUUACAGUGACUGGCACUCGAGCUAGUGAAGAGACAAUUGAUAAUUUAAUAGAGACCGGAGACAGCGAGCAGAUUUUUCAGACAGCAAUCCGAGAACAAGGCCGAGGCCAGGUAAUGGACACUCUGGCAGAAAUUCAAGAACGACACGAUGCGGUUAGAGAUUUAGAGAAGAAGCUUUUAGAUCUGCAACAGAUAUUCCUGGACAUGGCGGUACUGGUGGAUGCUCAAGGAGACAUGCUCGAUAACAUCGAGUCACAGGUGUCAUCGGCUGUGGACCAUGUGCAGUCCGGGAAUACUGCUCUUCAAAAGGCGAAAAGUUUGCAAAGGAACUCGAGGAAAUGGAUGUGCAUCGCAAUCAUAAUCCUUCUCAUUAUAGUUGCAAUUAUCGUCGUCGGUGUAAUUAAGCCGUGGCAGAACAAGAACGGUGCUUAGAGAUCUCUCUCCCCACCCGAGAAGUUUUUUAUGUAUAAAUUAUGAACAAAGGAUUGAAUUUGUCUUCCUACGAAACUAUCAACAACUAUUCUUUUUUGCUUUUGCAUUCAUGAGAAUUUUGGCUUUGCGUGCUUGUUUGUAUUCAUUUCAUUUAUCUCCUUUUCUUUUCUUUUUUUAAUUUGGCUGAUGUGUAUUUAAUGUAAGAUACAAACUAUUCACAUUUUCUUUAGUUGGAUUUCUGGCUCAAUAUACA